CCAGCGGAGAAACAGGGAGACCCGGCUGGGAAGGCGGAGAGGGGAAGGGAGGGAAGGAGGAGCUGAGGCCGCUAAGGGGCGGGGCUGCAAAGCGGAGGCGGAGCCCAGGAGGAAAGCAGAAGCCGCGCCCCCUCUCUACCUUCCCACUUGCUGGACCCCCGCUUCACUCUGCUUGUUCCGCUUCGCCCUGGGAGGAUCGGCGCCGGAUCCCUCGGGAGAGGCUUCUGGGUCUUACUUCGGGGAGGUCUGGCUGCUCCCCCUCCGGCCUUUGGGGCGCCCCUCCCGCCAGGAGAGCUUCUCCCCCCCCCCGCCAGGAGAAAGGAGACCAAUGAGGAUAUGGUCAUGAGCUCCACAGAGGAGAAGAGGCGUUCUUGGAUCGGGACCCACCAACUUUUGGCCAGGACUCCAUUCUAGAGAAUUUGGAAAUGGUGGCCCAGUUGGAGAAGCAGCUUCCUGCACAAAGGACGAAUGGAUUAAGGAAAAACCAAACCAGUCAGCAAUGAGGGUCGUUCCUAGCCUUGAGUCAGAGGGGUAACAAGUGUAGCAGAAACCUCUUAGCUAUAACUUUCAAGGGGAUAAAAGAUUGUGAUUUACCUGCAAGCCAACUAUCAACAGAUAAUAGAAAAUUGGCACAAGGCAGCAGUCACCAAAAAGCAUGGAGAGUGGGAAGCUCUUGAAUCCCCCGUCAGACACAAGCAACACUCUGAAAAACCACCAGGGAACCCACGAAUGCUCAAAAUGUGGGAAAGGCUUUGUUUGCUGGUCCCUCCUUUUGACCCACUGGAAGGUCCAUGUGGGAAGCGGAUCCAGUCAAGGAUUGGAGGGUGAGAAAUCCUUUUUUGGAAAAGGUGCCAAAGAUCUCAGAAGCCCCCCCAGAUUAAAACCCCAUAAAUAUGAGGAAUGUGAUUUAUGCUUUGGUCAAAAAUCAAACCUUCUUAGACAUCAGAAAAUCCACACUAGAGAGAAACCUUAUCAAUGUCUGGAAUGUGGGAAAUCUUUCCGUGAAAAAGCCUAUCUGAGAGACCAUGAGAGAAUUCACACAGGGGAGAAACUUUACGAGUGUUGGCAAUGUGGGAAGAGCUUUCCUCGGAAGUCAGAUCUUUGGCACCAUGAGAAGAUUCAUACGGGAAUAAAAUCUUACAAAUGCUUUGAGUGUGGAAAAUGUUUCACCAACAAUUCAACUCUUCGGAAGCAUUUGAAAACACACAGAGGGGAGAAAAAUGAAAAGUGCCCUGAAUGUGGGAAAUGUUUUGCCUUGAAAUCACACCUGGUGCAACAUCAGAGACGUCACACGGGAGAGAGACCCCAUAAAUGCCCAGAAUGUGAGAAACGAUUUAUGUAUUCUUCUGAACUUCAGAGACACCAGAAGAGUCACAAAGAGGAGAAACCGUAUAAAUGUGGGGAGUGUGGGAAAGGUUUUGUUACUCAAACAGCGUUUCAGGUUCAUGAGAGAACCCACACAGGGGAGAAACCAUUCAAAUGUGGGGAGUGUGGGAAAUGCUUUACCCAAAAACACCACCUUGCAACGCACCAGAGGCUCCACACAGGAGAGAAGCCAUACAAAUGCCCAGAGUGUGGAAAAUCUUUUGCUUAUAAGGAUGUACUUUGGAAUCAUCAUAAAACCCACACAGGAGAGAAGCCCUAUCAAUGCAAUGAAUGUGGAAAAUUUUAUUGUACCACAUCAGCCCUUUGGAGUCAUGUGAAAAUUCACACGGGGGAGAAAAACUACAAAUGUUUACACUGUGGGAAAACGUUUGCUCAUUCAUCUUCCCUUAGAACUCACAGCCGAAUCCAUACAGGAGAGAAGCCCCAUAAAUGCUCGGAGUGCAAUAAAUAUUUUUCUCAAAAAAAUAAUCUUGUGAGACAUCAGCGAACCCACACUGGAGAACCCACACUGUAGUGUGUGAAAUGUUUUUCCCAGUCUUCAUCACUUCGCAAGCACACCAGAAAUCACACAGGAGGGUGGCCUUACAAAUGUGCAGAGAGUGAGAAACUUUUUAAUUGUAAAUCUAAGCUAAAAAUAUAUCAGGAAAUCCAUAGCAGAGAUGAAUCUCUUCUGUCGUGAACAACGUGGGAAACAUUUUUUAUCAAAUGUACCACAAAGUGACAGAAGGGAAACCCUACAAUUGUUUGGUGUGGGGAAAAUAUUUUUCCAAGUCACAGUGUCUUAAAUACAAUCGGAGAGUACACAAUAAAGCAAAAGGGCAUUAAGCCUUGGGAGUGUGAGAAGGGUUUGGCUAACAAAGCAGCAACAUUAGUAACUUACCAGAGACAUUACACAAGAGAAAAGAGUUACAAGUGUUGGGGAGGGUAGAUUAUGUUUUGCACAGUGCUCCUAGUCCUCGACUUAUGGUGGAAUCAGGAACAGAUUUGUGGUUGUAGCUUUAUAUAGUCGUCCGUCAAGGCACCCAUAUGAUUGGCUAUGCUUUUACAACAUUUUUGUGAUCAUUAAGUCACUGCAGUCCUAAGUGUAAACUUCCACCCUCUCGUAUUCUCAAUGGAAGAGGCCCCAAGGGAUCCGGGUCGCCAAUUCUUAAAUGGGACAGGAAAUCCUCUUUCAGGAUUCUAAAGGAAAACUUUUAAGGUCUCAUGGAUGUUUUUUCUUUCUCUGGGAACUGUAUGGAACCGUAUGUUCCAUUGGGAAUACGAGAGGGUAGAUAAGGGGGCAAAAAAUACCCUGAAGCUUAAGUGGCAUCUGGAGGAUAUUUUCUCCCUCCAGAACCUUAUUUAAAUAACAUUCAAGCGAGGAUACUGUUUUCACGCUUUACCACAAAAUCAUUUCAGUCCAUUGUGCAGCCUUAAUAAAAUCAUUUAUACUA